UCCUUCCUUGUAGGCUCUUUGGUUUCGGGUCAUCCAACAUGGCGAAUAUAUGAGGUAAAAGGUUUGUUUGUAGCGCUAACAAAAUGAGGGUCCGGCAUUGCUGGAUGGGGCUCAGGCGAGCCUAUUUGGUUUGGCCAAUCCUGCUGCUACUCCUGGUUGGUGCAGCCUUGACAGCUCUGCUGCCCUCUGCUGAGGACCAAGGAGGUGUUGGUGCUCUGGGAGUGCUACGCCGGGCAACAUCUCAAAAUGAGAUACCUGCACAUCGCCACCAUGGUGACAGCACAGAGGAGGAGCAGAGGUUUACUGUCAUCAUCCAAACAUACAACCGCACAGACAUUCUUCUCAAACUUCUAAACCAUUACCAGGCAGUGCCUCAUCUUCAGCGGAUUAUCAUAGUCUGGAACAACAUUGGGGAGCAGACACCCUUAAAAUUAUGGAACUCCUUGGGGCCUCAUCCGGUCCCUGUGGUGUUCAAGGAGCAGACUAGCAAUCACAUGCGCAACAGACUACAACCAUUCCUUGAGAUUGAUACUGAUGCCGUGUUGAUGCUGGAUGACGACACUCUGGUCAGCGUUCCUGACAUCAGUUUUGCUUUCUCUGUCUGGAAGCAAUUUCCAGACCAAAUUGUCGGCUUUGUGCCCCGGAAACAUGUCACAACACCAGGGGGAGUGUAUAGUUAUGGCAGCUUUGAGCUGCAGAACCCAGAAAUAGGAGGAGGUGACCAAUACUCCAUGGUGUUAAUUGGUGCUGCCUUCUUCCACCGCCGCUACCUCCAGCUUUUCCAGGACCAACCUCAAGCAGUGCAUGAGCUGGUGGAUGCAACACAAAAUUGUGAUGAUAUUGCAAUGAACUUUGCUGUAGCGCUGUAUUUGAGGAAACACUCCAAGUCCAGUGGCAGCCCUACCAGACCCUCUGGGGUCUUUGUCAAACCCGUGGACCUCCGCAACCUGGAAAAGGAUGCCAGCAGUGGAUAUCAGGGUAUGUGGCAUCGUCCUGAACACCUUCUUCAGAGGUCCUACUGUCUGAACAGGCUGACACAGAUCUAUGGCUUCAUGCCACUCUGCUUCUCCAACCUGAUGGUCUCCCAGUUUGGCUUCCCUACCUAUGCCAACCACAAGAGUAGAAGCUGAGGAACUGUCACGUCGCUGACUGUCUUGAAUUGAAUGAGGACAGACUGCUACUUCAGUCUGCAGUUUCAUUGUGGCUUCAGGAGUACUAUGAUGGACUUUCUUCCUUUGGACAACAGCAAGGAUUGUAAAAGAUAUUCUACACAAGGCCCAGUCGGAUGAAAAGUUCAUAUUUGGAGGUAAUCUGUAUUGUUACCAAAGCUGUUUCUUUUUCAGUGUGUAUACCUCUCAGUGCAGUUAUUUUAAAACCAGCAGGUGCUAAGUCUCAGAUCUUUGACAAUUGCCUUUUUUGUAUCUAUGAUAAGACUUAGUUUUACUGCAGUUAAUUAUAUAGUCUUUAAAAUGUGUCUCUUUUCUGUUUAGCCUGUGUCCCUAGAAAUUUUGACUAAAUGUUUGAAGAUAUAGCUAUUUUGAGUAAGUUUUGGCCAAAAGACUGAAGUCUAGUAAUAAAAUGGUAUCAUUGCAAGUAUUAUGUACAUUUAAACAAACUGUACUAUGCAUGCAUGGACAAUCUUUUUUUAUUUUUUUAAGUCUGUACACAUGUUGAAGGGCUGUAUCAUGUGAUGCAUUUAAAUAAAGCCAACAUUUUUUCUCUGAA